UCUACUUCUCAUCCUGUUUACCUGCUGUGCCGAGGACUGAACAGAACAGAACUGUGUGUGUGUGUGUGACGGAGCGAGUGAGAAGUCCCCCCCCCCCCUCCCCCAGUCUGUUCUCCUUCCCAGAGACAGAACCGCAGGCUGCUCCGCCACCAGCCUCAGACCCAGCCAUGCCGUGUGCUCUCCACUUCGUCCUGCUAGCCUGCCUCCUGCUGCCUCUCUCGCAGGCAGGGAGGCAGAUGCCCAAACUGGCCGACAAGAAGCUCUGCGCCGACGCCGAAUGCAGCCACCCCAUCCUAAUAGCCCGUGCCCUGGAGGACUAUUAUCCUGGAGACUGCAGGUUCAUCCCUAUCAGACAAGGACAGCUGAUCUACGUCUACGCCAUGCUGAAAGACAGAGGAAACCUCUUCUGGGCUGGCAGUGUACAAGGUUCCUACUAUGGAGAGCAGGAGGCUCGUCUGGGCCAUUUCCCCAGCAGCGUGGUGGAGGAGACACACGCACUCAUGCCCGCCACAACUGAGGUCAAGACUGAUAAAUGGGACUUCUACUGUAACUGAUGCUCCAGCAGAUCAGCCUAAGACCGCUUCUACAGUCAUGGAUGAAGGCUCAACCAUGUCUUCGGAAGCUUCCACACGUUACCCAACAAUCCGUGCUGUCUCUUUAGAGUAGGGCAGAGCCUUCUCAGCAUUACCUUGCCUACACAUAUAGCAGCUUUUCUUCAACAGAGAAACGUUCAGCGUAACCGAUAUGAAUGUCAGUGUUUACAUUCUUUGGGUCAAAAUAAAGAACCAGCGCUGCUAAAA